AUCAUGAGGCCAAAGUACAACGGUGAGAUGCUCAGCGCCAUCCUUCACGGGACCCUGGAGGCUGUUCUUGGGGGCCCCCAAAAGGAGGAGGACAGAGAGGAACUGAAGGGGCGCUUCCGGCUCCUGCUGGGGAGUCUCCUGAUGGAAGCCCCCAAUCCUGGCACCCUUCUCCAGUUGCUCAGUGACCGCCGAGGAUACGCCCUUGGCGAAACUGGGGAGGCUCAAACACUAACGGCCAGCAGCAUUUCUCUGCUUCUGGCCAUGGCACGGAAAUUCCCCCAACUCAGAAUGACAGUAAUUCAGCCAGACCUGGCCUGCUUCUGGAGGAAACCCAAAGAAGAUGACAUCAUCAUCGAAGACACGUAUUCAGUGCAGACCUCGGGCUCCGCUGGACACCAGAGAGAGGCCACUGGAAGACAGUUGUUCAGCCGGAGCUGGCCUGCUUCUGGCCAAAUCCAAAAGAAGGUGAGCCCCACACCUUGGGGACAGCGAACUCCCUUGUCCCUUGUUUGCUUUAUGGUCUGUACCCAAGACUCACCUCUCAGGUCUUCUUGCUGGGAGUCCUGCAGGACCUGCUCCCUGCCUGGCAUUUGGAAGAGGAUCAGCACAGAGAGGAACUGA